CUCCGCACUCGUGUCUCUAAGUAAGACCAAAAAGAAGAUAAACAAAAACAGCCCUGCAUGGUGCAACUCAGUUAUUGUCUCCCCAAAAGCAGAGGCAUAUUUAUACCAACAAACAGUGCCAUGUCUCUCUUCCCUACUUCUUCUAUAUAAAGUACGUGCGAGUACUUCUCCAGACACGUCGUUCCGAGACUUAUCUAUUUAUAUCCCUUAGACACAAGAGAGAGAGAGAGAGAUGAAGGAGAGCAGUAGCAGAAAGCAAGGUGCGGCGUCGCCGUGCGCUGCGUGCAAGCUCCUCCGGCGGAGAUGCGCGGAGGAUUGUGUGUUCGCGCCUUAUUUUCCGGCGGAGGAGCCCCACAAGUUCGCCAGCGUGCAUAAGGUGUUUGGUGCUAGCAAUGUCAACAAGAUGCUCCAGGACCUGCCGGAACAUCAGAGAGGCGAUGCAGUGAGCUCGAUGGUGUACGAAGCGAACGCGCGGGUGAGGGAUCCGGUGUACGGGUGCGUGGGCGCGAUAUCGUCGCUGCAGCAGCAGAUAGACGCGCUGCAAACGCAGCUGGCGAUUGCGCAGGCGGAGGUGGUGCACAUGCGUAUGCGCCACUACUCUUCCACCUCUUCCUCGCCCGACUGCGCCUCUCCCUCCACCACCCGUGGACGAAGGUCUCACACCCACCACCCAAAGUCCUCUUUCAACAUGGAAGUUACCAACAUGGACGAUUCCUUCUGGCCCUAGUUUCUCUUCUUUCUAUUAAUUAUAUAUUGCCCUUGCCCUUCUCUUUCAUGUUUGCUGCCUUUUUUUUGUGGAUUUCUUACAUAUAUAUAUACAUCUUGCCUGACCGGCCGGGAUGAUGAUGGCCGGAGUCGGAGUCGGAUACUGUAAAUGUGAAAAAAAGAAAAGAAAACAUACACAAUCAUGAGGUAUUAUUGGUAUAGUUAUGCAUGUGGAGUUUGACUAUUUGAGUAAUGUUUGCUGUGUCUAUUUGUUUA